CGGGUUAAGUAAAUAGUUUGUUGCAAAAUAUUCUUGAAUUUAGAUUUGUGCUGUUAGAGAAUUAUGGCUUACAAUCAAGGAUAUGGACAACCAGGGUAUGGAAGUCAGGCCGGUUAUGGAGUUCAACCACAAGGUGGAGGUCUUGAAAUGGGCCACGGUCCAUAUCCAUCAAUCGGAGCCGGUGGCACUGUUUCCCCACAAGUUCAGCAAUGGUUCCGUGCAGUGGACAAGGAUCAGUCCGGAUACAUAACUGCUUCAGAGUUAAAAGCAGCGCUAGUGAACGCUCAGGGUCAAACUUUUUCAGAAACAGCAUGCAAUUUAAUGAUUGGUAUGUUCGAUAAGGACCGUUCAGGACACAUAAAUCUUGAAGAGUUCGAUAAACUGUAUACGUAUAUAAAUCAAUGGUUAGCAGUCUUUAAAACAUACGAUACAGAUCAAUCUGGUCAUAUCGAUGAACCAGAGCUUUCUAAAGCUCUGACUCAAAUGGGAUUUCGGUUCUCACCAGAUUUCAUCAGCUUUUUAAUCAAAAGAGCGGAUUCGAAAGAAGGAAAAAUAUCGGUUGACCAAUUUAUCGUUUUAUGUGUACAAAUCCAACGUUUUACUGAAGCUUUCAGAGUGAGGGAUACUCAACAAAAUGGAACUGUCACAAUCGCAUUCGAAGAUUUUCUUAACGUAGCUCUUAGUUGCUCUAUUUGAAAAUGGUUAAAAAAAUUGCGUUUAACUAUUGACACAAAUGCCAGUUUUGCAUUGAAGACAAUUAUAUGAAUAUAUAAAUAAAGCAGAGACAAACACUCAAGCAUUCCAUAAUAUUGUUAGUUAAAGGCAGACAGGUCAAUAUAAUUUGUCAAUAAAAAAAAACCCGCUGAAGUUAUUUCAUACUGUAGGUCAGCCAACAGCAGCUUUUACUUUAAUAUUUUUAAAUAUGAAUAUCAUUCAGUUUGCUCAAUCACAUUAUAGUAUAAGUACUCAACUAUAGUUCGAUUUCGCGAUUUCCGCAGGUUGCCCACCCCUGCUCUAGGAAAGCAAAGCAUCAGUUUUAAUCGCAAAACAAAAUAGAAUUAUCUCUGUUCAAAUCUCUCUCCCGUCGACAUAUAAUGGUGGUAGGUUCAAAUCGGACACUUUUCUUUGAACGAAUGCUAUUUGCCAGCAGUUAACAUUUUCACAUUACCAUACAAAUAUAAAUAAUGUCUAUUAUAUUUUAUAAGUUUGCAAUGUGUGAACAUUUUUUUACCCCACAGUUUAAGAUAUUUUUAUAUUUUUCUUCUUUAUUUCCGAUGUAAAUUUAUGUAUUCCGAUGUAAUAUACUUUUUUCCAUCUAUAUGUGUAACCUAAGGUACGUAGAAGGUAAUUAUUUGUGACCUAUGAGCAAUAAAAGUGAUCCAUUCAUUACAGGAUACUGGCAAAUCCAUAAGGAAAUUGUACCUAGUAGUUAGAUUAAUUUAUAUCUUAUAUUUGGAAUAGCAUAUUGUUUCAUGACUAUCCUAAUAUAUUACAGUUAAAAAUUAGUUUUUUAAUAGAACGCGAUUUCUUAUUAGAGCUAUUUUUAACUAAAUGCCUUCGUUAAAACUAGAAUUAAAGAAUGCCAAAAAAUGUAUAUCAGUUAUCAAGUAGUUCUGAAACUGUUUAAAGAACAUUACGUAUUUAUUUUUGACAAUCAAUAGAUGGCGCUAAUAUGAUGUUAGAUUCUGAUGCACAAUACCAUCCAAUAAUAAUGAUUUACUGAUCGCAUAAUGAUUCGAUCCAUACCACCGACGGAUAUACCCAAAAUAUAUAACCAUGACAAUAAAAAAAUGAGAAUACGAUUUAGGUUCUGACAUCAUACAAUGUGUCAAUUAAUAAUAAUAUUUUACCCAAAAGGGAAGUCACAAUGUACAUAAAUCAGUUGUAGUAAGUAAUAUUAAUAAUAUUAAUGUCGGAUAAAGUAAUGGCUAUAAUUAAAAGCUGUUCAUGUUUGAAUUUUAUGGAAAUAUUUUUUAUAUUAUAAUUAAUAAAAUCAGCUUCUGCAAUUG